CUAGUCGACUGGCCUAGUGAGACCUGCAUCUCUCCCAUCGACGAUGAUGAUGAUUGGGCCGAUGACAAAUCGCAAUACUUGGAGACUAUGGCAUCUUAUGAAUCCUCAAAGUAUCUCUUGAGAAUAACUUCAGCAUCGGUCUCCAUUUCAUUCAUCCAUUCAUCCCCCCAUUAGCACGAAAUCCCAUCAUAUCUCGCACGCCAUGGCCUCAAACGGGACCACGACCACCGCAACAAACGGCUCCGGCGGUCCCGAGAUCAUCUUAUAUACCAACCAUGGAUGUCCAUGGGCGCAUCGAGCUCACAUCGCGCUGAAAGAGCUGGGGCUGUCUUACAAAGAGGUCAUCAUUGAUCUGGACAGGCCUCGCGAGCCGUGGUACCUGGAAAUCAACCCGCGCGGCCUCGUCCCGACAAUCAAUUAUAACGGCGACAUCAUCACCGAAUCGGCGGUUGUAGCGCAAUUCCUCGCCGACGCACAUCAGUCACAUUUACUCCCUCCAACGACUUCGGUCGCCAACGCCCUCUACCGGGCCCGGGUCGCUUUCUUCGUCGACGCCUUCUUCUCCAAGGCGAUGCCUCUGAUCUUCGCGGGCCAGCGUGCGCAGUCCGAAGCCGACAAGGACGCGGCCGCGGAAGACUUGGUCGCGGUCGUGGUGAAAGAACUGGAGCCGCUGUUCAAUUGGAACAACAGUUCGCCCUUUUUCGGAGGCAGUGACCGGCUCACGCUGGCCGAGGUCCUGACCGGCUCUUUUGUUCUUCGGCUUCUUGCAUUGAGCAAGCCUGAGUAUGGGAUCUUGAGUCCGAAAAUCGGUGCCCUUCUUGACGAGAGGGCUCCGAGAUUCAAGGCCUGGGCUGCGAAGGUGGUUCAGGAGCCGAGUGUGACUUAUAUUUGGGAUGAGAAGCGUGUUGCCGAGAGGACCAAGGCGAGGUUCGCAAAGCUCGCUGCCGAGAAGAAACUCUAAAUUAGUUGAACAGUAAUGAGGUCGAGGUGCAUGUUGAUGUCGACGUCGAUAGGUAUCAAAUUCGUCUUCCACUCGGGAUCCAAGGAUUCUCGUAUUACGGCCUCGAAACGAGCUUGAGAGUGAGAUGAUCUUCUUAUAUUAUGAGCCAUGUACUAUCUGGAGGACCAAGAUUUCCACAGCUCCGCG